UGUUGAUCCCGGCUUCAGCGCCGUGGUCUAUGGUAUGGCAACGGCUAUAGGUGUUUCAUUCCGAGCUGGCUAAUGCCUGCUGCUUGGUGGCAAACUCCGUUGCGAAAUCAAGUCUUCAAUCGCGCCAUCCCUUUGCACGCCCCCAGAAAGAGAUCCCGAACCCUGCUACGUUCUCGAGAACGGAGACCACAAUAAUGGACACCGCGGCUUUGCAGCCAACGUCGCAUCUUCUCUGCCAGAUAUCUGGCUAUCUGUCCUGCGUAUACGGCAACAUGCCAUCCAGCUUGCCAAAAGCCUGCACGUCAACAUGUCCCUACCUGAGAUUGCGAUUCUUCACGAGCAGCUAACCGCCAUACACCAAGCGCUGGACACCUGGUAUGCCGGAAUGCCGCUACGCCUCCAACGACCCUGUAUCCCACCCGCCGCCACCUCAGCAAUGCCGCACUACGGAGCCUCACUGGACAUUGGCGCGCUGGGGAUGGUCUCCGUCUCGCAAGAGUCCGCGUACCUGAAACUCCUGCGGCCGUUCCUCGAGCGCAAAGCAACGCUCGGGGUUGAUGGCGCCAGCUCCAGACGUUUCUUGCGUCCUCGCUUUGCGAUGGAUUUGCCGAGUACUUCCGUGGCUUGGAUAAGGCGCGGCCUGAGGAGUUGGCAAAGUCUUGGGCUUUUGAAAAUUGUAUCGAGCGAGACGGGCUGGAUGCCACUCUGGCGCAGAUAAAGCAGAAGUAUGAUGCAUAGCAUUUCUAUAGACUCCAUCCACGUUGAAGUAUAAAAUGCGAUCUAUUUGUUGGCUAUGAUUAUAACAAUAUA